AUGGAUGAGGAGGACAGGUUCUCGGCCAGCUCUCCCGAGUCGGAGCGUCCCAACGAGCCGGACGAAGUCAUGGAGGAUGCCGAGGACGGGGACGACGCCGCAGAACAGGACGACGACAAUAAUGAUGACGACGAUGAGAAUAACGACGACGACAACGAGAACCACGAUGGCGGCGACGAUGAAGGGGACGACGCCGCCGCUACCCAAAACGCGACUGCGACUACGAAUGCGACUGCUGGUGGCGGCGCCAAUGCCAACAGCAAUGCCAAUGCCAAUGCCAAUGCCCAUGGCGAUCCCGACGGCCAUGGAGAUGGGCAAUCGGCUGUCAAAUCCAGCAAAUCUGCUACACCGACGCCUUCCGCCGCCCGCUUACGCCUGCGUCCAUCUCUGCGACCCGAAGCAAUCACGGCGCGACUCUACGACAUCGUCCCGACAAUGGCCGCGCCCCAGUCGACGAGCAUCAAUGCCAUGGCCAUCACCCCGGACCUGCGCUACUGGAUAACAGGAGGCUCGGACGGCUACAUUCGAAAAUAUGACGGACCCGGCACCAUCAACGGCAAGCUGGCCUUGACCGUCGCCCAGAAGCACCCCUUCGUUGACAGCGUCACCAAGGCCGGCAUCCUAAUGUCGUACUGGGAAAACGAGGAGCCAGCCGCCCCAGGGAGAGGAGACCAAGACCACAAUCUGUCGCCCGUCUACUCAUUGGCUGUUCAUUCGCGAGCCCUCUGGCUCCUCUCCGGCCUCGAAUCGGGCGGCAUCAACCUACAGAGUGUCCGUCACGACGAGGGCAAAAAGAUUGCGUGCUUGCAAAAACACACCAACGCUGUCAGCUCGCUGAUGCUGGCGCCCGACGAAAAGAGCGUGCUGAGCGGCGGUUGGGACAAGAACAUCUUUGACUGGGACUUGAACACUGGCCAGACCAUCCGCAGCUUCGGUGGAUCAGGCGGCCAGAUCUCCUCCAUCGAGCUGCGCCCUGCGAGCGGUGACCCCGUCCCCGUGGAAGCAGACGAGCCCAUUCCAUCAACUACCAUAUCGACGAAUAAUGGCGCUCCGCUUGUCAACGGUGUCCUCAAGGACGAAUCUGGUGCGCGUGAUACCGGAGCCGCCGACAAAUUUGGCGCCGCCGGUCGAGACGCCGCCGUCUCGCCUGGUAACGAGAGUCUAUUUGGCGGAAGUGACGCGGGGAGUUUAUUCGGAGAGACUGCGGGCGAGCAGCCCUUUGGCAACGACGAUGAUUCCUUUGGUGCCAGCAUGGACAUGAUGCCCGGCCACGAGGGGGGUAUGGACCACUCUGCCGACUUUGCCAUGACUGACUUGAGCACCACCACCAAGGAACCAGAAACCAAGACGGAGGAGAGCGCGCCGACUACACAAUCACAGACACAGACACAGACACUGAAUCCUCAACCUCUGUCGCAAGACGCCAUGAUGCAGGUAGAUAGUGACAAGCCGUCGGCCGUGGUCCCUGUCAAGCCGGAAGAAGCGGCAGCCGCGCAACAGUCCAGUGAAUCACAGCCUCCCAAAACGGAAGACGAGUCAAGAGAAAUGGCACAACUAGCUCAUGACAAAGAGUUUCUGAAAAGGUCACAAUCACCCAUCCCAGCAGCUGCCCAGCCAGUCUCCCAGCAGCAGCAGUUUGACCAGUCACAAGUGUCGCCAACCACCUUUCUCUCGUCCACGAUUGACGGCACAAUUUGCAUUUGGGACCGCCGAGCGCCCAACGCCGUGGCCAGAAUCGGUAUGAGGCAGGGUGUUCCGCCUUGGUGCAUGAGCGCGUGCUGGAGCCCCGACGGCAACAUGAUUUACGCAGGGAGGAGAAACGGCACAGUAGAAGAGUUUGACGUGAGAAAGGCAAAGAGAGGCUGGGAGCCUGAGAGGGCACUCAAGUUCCCGACUGGAAGCGGUGCAGUCAGCGCUGUGCGAUCCAUGCCUAACGGGCGCCAUCUUGUUUGCGCAUCGCAUGACAUCCUCCGGCUGUAUGACCUCCAGGACACCCGGGCCUUGAAACACUCGACUGUCCCGUUCCUCAUCAUCCCCGGGCCCCCGCGUGCCGGCGUCAUUUCAAGCUUGUACAUUGACCCGACAAGCAGGUUCAUGCUGAGUGCGGCAGGGACACGAGGCUGGGACGGCACAAGCACAGAAGUUCUAAUCGGGUAUGAGAUUAAUGUGGUUAAUGAUUAG